AUGUCUUCACCCUCCGCGGCAGAGCAUUCCAUCUCGCUGAAUGCCUACGCCUUGCACGAGGCUGUUCCACCCGAUCGAUGGUGCGUCACCCUGCAUGACCUGCUCUUCUUACAGAAGGACCUGGGCCGUGCUAUCCAGCGGCAAGAGAUUUGGCCACCCCAUGAUGGGCACGACGACUGGACUUUGACCAUGGACCAGGGCUACGGGCCCAGCAUUUACACAGUGAAUGAGCAAUAUAUCAAGCCCAUCACUGAAAAGGCUGGCAAAAUGAGUUGGGCCUUGAUGAGGAACCCAGAGGGUUUGGAGUGUGAUCUCUUCAUCAGCCAUGCUUGGCAGGAAGGGGUCUUUGAGUUUCUGGCCAAGGUCCGUCAUUCCUGGCCACGUGGGGCUGUGCACGCAUGGUGUUGCAUGUUGGCGAACCCCCAGAAUCUCAACCUUGCUUCCUUCUUGACUUCACCGAGCACGUCACCUUUCGCAGUGGCUUUGAAAGCCUCCGAGAUUGUCUUAGUGGUGCCCAAUCGUCACCAAAGCGUCUACACGAGACUUUGGUGUGCCUAUGAAGCUUACCUUGCUCAUGAAGAAGGGAAGAGGAUCUUAAUCGCCAAGCCCUCCAACCUUCCACAAAUCCUCUCAUCCAUGCGCUUGAUGCUCCUCGCAAGCUUCUUGGGAGCGUUCCUGGGCUUGCUGGGGAGUCUUUACAAUCUGCACUAUAGCAAGCCGACCACCUUUCUGGGGUGCUUGCUUUGCGUGCUCAGCUUGAACAUUCAGCACGAUACAGCAAGGAUCACCUUGCAUUUUUUUUUGAUGAUGCUGUGCUGGACUCAAAUCUCACAUUAUGAGCCGUUGUUUCCGACGUGGUCAACGACCUGGGAUUUUCAGCCCCCGGUGCAUGUCGCCUUUUAUACGUUUUUCUAUUUGAUGAGUGCCAUCUUCUGCAGCCUGAUGGAAGUGGAUCGCAUCAGUGGGAAUUCCACAGUUGUUGAAUCCGAGCAGCUUCAAAAGAACUACAAAGGUUCCAUCAGGCACGCGGAGUGUUCGGAGCCGGCGGACGCGGUGAAGAUCCGCGCGGAGAUCGGCGGAAAGCGGGAAGAGGUGGACUAUGCCAUCCACGUGCUCUUGACAGCAGGAAUGUCUACCACAGCCCUAAGAGAGGUGGCGCGGUCUGGAGUGGACAUCGAGUACGCAGCCUACUCGGAGAUCUCAUGUCCGGUGAUCAUUCUGGGCCCUUAUGAGCUGGUGACCCUGGCCUUCUUAGUGCUGGAGCUUAUACACUAUCGAGGGGUCAACUACCUUUUGUGGGCCUUGUUGGCAGGGCUCUCCCUCGUCGUCCGGCUGUUACUGAUUGGUGUAAUUCUUCGACGAGCAGAUGACGAGCGUUGCUUCAUUCUGAAGGUGUUGACCAAGGCAGUUGCAGUGGUCUUGGUGAUCUUUGCAGUUGUUUGUUCAUUGUCCAGCAUUUUGAGCAUGCAGACACUGUCCAUGGCUUGGCUGGUGCUUUCUGCCGCCAGCUGGUCGGUGGUUCUGGCUUUUGCAUUGCUCGGCAUACAAGGCACUGCAAAGCUUCCGUUGGGCCUCUCCUUACUGCAGAUCUUCUUCGCCCGUGGCCGCAAGGUCUUCGGCGCCUGUGCGAGGUCUUCGUUUGCCCCUGCGCUGCCGCACAGCGACGCGAGUUCCGACUCGGAGUCAGAGGAGUAUGCGGCCAUCAUGCUGUAUACCUCCAAUGCCAUCUACCAGGACCUGAACAAAGCCUUGCGGGACAAUAACCGCAGCAAAGUGAAGAAGUACUUCAAGUACUUGCGGCUCUUUUUCGAAUCCAUGGACGCCUUGCCAAAGCAGAAACGCAAGCUUUGGCGCGGCUUGUCGGUGGAUCUCCAUAAGAACUCCCAGUACAAGGUGGGCAACACCGUGGUUUGGUGGGGCAUCUCCAGUUGCACCUCUGAUGAGAAGGUGGCGAAGGGCUUCGCUGAAGGCUGCGGGGGCAAAUCCACGCUGAUCACUGUGGAGUCCAAGACGGCCUCUGAUAUCUCCCAGGUGACCUUUUACAGCAAUGAGAAGGAGAGCCUCCUCUCACCAGGAACACAGCUGAAGGUGAAGAGCAACAAGAUGAACGGCAACGUAUGUGAGAUCACGCUCGAAGAAGUCGGUCGUAUGCUGAAUUGA